CAUCCUGUCUUGUCCUGCCGGGUUUGGGCUGUCUUGCACCCGCCACGACAUACCAAAGCAAAGACAAGACAAGCCUGCCUCCCUCCACACUUUGUCCCAGCUGCUCCUCUCACAUGCCCUCUCCUCCCACUCGUCUGAGAAGUGCUGCCCUUGAUCCUUUUUUUUCCUUUUCCUUUUCCUUUUCACUCAUUCUCUUCUCUUCUAAUCGCUCUCUUCUCUUUCUGACCUUCCUUUUUCUGUUGCUCUCCUCCGAUCGCUACCACUCGAAUACUCUCUUCACUUUCCUGGAAACUCGUCUCGUCUCGACUCGGACUACUCAACGCCACUGCUUCGGAGCCUACCGUCUGUACUAUUCUGGCUAUAUCACUGCUCCUAUUGGUCAGCUGUCGCUUCUUUGUUUGCCGAAUACGCCUCUAUCCUGCCCACCACCUAUCAACCAACCACCAAACUAUCUUACCAUAUACCAACAUUAACCAUUAUUGCUAUCCGAGAGAGAGAGAGAGAGAGAGAACACUUUCUCCAUCCUCGAUCUCUGUGUCCGCUCAGACAUUCAGGACGCACCUCGCAGAGAUCCGAGGCCUUUUAU